AUGGCUCUGUAUAUUCCAGGGAGCGACUUCACGCGGGGCAUGUGGUGUGGGUUCAGUCGAAGCCCCCAAAUCUUACUGGAAAAUAGGGCGGAUGCAGCAACAGCACCUUGGCACCGCAACCUCAUCAGGAUUCUGACCGUGUGCGUGAGCGGCAGAGGGGAGGAGUUCAAGGCUCUGAUGUACGGGUACAUGCCCAACGAGAGACUGGAGAGGUGGUUGCACCAGGACACCAGGACGCUGACCCUUGUGCAGUGGCUCAACAUCGCCGUGGACGUGGCCUCGGCGCUGGAUUACCUUCACAGCGACUGCGAGGCGCCGAUCGCGCACUGUGAUCUGAAGCCGAGCAACAUCCUUCUCGAUGACGACAUGGUUGCCCGCGUCGACGACUUCGGUCUCGCGAGAUUCUCGGUGUUGCCGACCCGAGUGGGCAAGCUUGCAGCUCUGUGA